AUGAAGAAAUCUGAAAAAAGUUCAAGCAACCAUAAACGAACAUUGUGCACAAAAUUUGAGUUAAACAAACGCUCGGCGAAGUCAACUUUUCUCAAUCAACCAUUCACAAUAACCCCAACAUCGAAAUCUCUACUGAAUAAGCAAAAUAUUCUAAUUACACUAAGUGACAAUAAUCGCGAGCAUGGAAGGCUUCCGUUGGAGUUGGUAUGCAACAUCCUUUCGUGGCUACCAAUUGAAGAUCUUCUCCGUUUUAAGAGUGUAUGCAAGUGUUGGCGCGAUGAAAUUAACACCCCUUAUUUCAUCAACUCUCACAUUCGCCGCAUUAAAAAUAACAAUGAAGCAAAUAGCAGUACAAGCUCUCUUGUCAUAGUCUUUUCUUCCAAGUAUAAUAUUCUUAUGUCGAUUGAUUUUCACUCUCCUGAGAAUACUAAGGUCAGGCCUAUAACUCCUAAUAUCUCUCUUGACAAUCCCUACCUCGUCGGUUCUUCCAUUGGUCUGCUCUGCUUUACUCAUUUGGAGUAUUCCAUGUCAAAAGAAAACCAGACUAGAAGUUUUUCUCUUUACAACCCGAUCACUGGAGCCUCCAAGCUCAUACCUAAGUUGGAACCUCUAAACCCGAAUUUAAGGAAUGGUUUUGGUUAUGAUUGUACGAGUGGAGAUUAUAAGAUUUUGUGUCUAGCAACAGACCAAGAAGAUUUUAUGACGACCUAUACUUGUGUCUACAGUUUGAAAAACAAUUCAUGGAAGGUAAACAUGGACGAACCUUGUCCAUAUUUAUGUGGCAAUAUACCAUGGUCGUCAUGUAUGGUUCUUUCUAAUAAUGCACUGCAUUUCAUAGCUUCGGAAAAAUUAAUUGCGUUUGAUCUUGUAAGCGAAAGAUUUCAUGAGAUACAACUACCUAGUGAUCAAGUGAUUUCUUGUAUUCAACCAUUCGAGUUGGCUAAUUUAAGGGGAUGCUUGCAUUUGGUUACAUUAAAUGCCAUAUGGACUAUGAAGGAAUAUGGUGUACAACAAUCAUGGACUAAAUUGUUUUGCUUCUCACAAGCAAAUUAUUGUGCCCUAUUUGAUCGUACGAUUUUGGGACAAAGAAGGAUAAUGCCUUAUGCUUAUUCAAAGGACGGAAGGGAAAUUCUAGUAACUCUAGCAACACGUCAUAACAUGUUUUUUCGUUUAGAUAUAGAAAGUCGAGAGUUCAAGAAACUUGAAAUUUCAAGUUUACCAAAAGAUUGGGAAUAUUGGGCACAUUCUGGUGAUGCCAUGCCAUGGGUUGGUUCCUUUGUUUAUCCCUCAUUUGAAUUGUUUUGA